AUGCGCUCCCCGCUUUCUUUUUCACAUGUCCUUGCCGGUGGCCUGACCGUUUCGAGAGCCACCGGGCUAUUAGAGCAUGUUAGGACGGAUACCGGUUCCCGCGGCGGUGGGAAUACCUUCCCCGGCGUGUCCCGCCCCCUCGGCAUGAUCAAGAUUGGUCCCGAUUUGUACAACGGCCAUGACAGUUAUUCCGGUUACCAGCCCGACGGCAACUUUUUAGGAUUCAGUCUACUCCACGAGAGCGGGACUGGCGGCGCGCCCAAGUACGGCGUCGUCGCGCAGCUGCCCGUCCUCGGGGUUAUUGCGAACCCCCUCGCCGAUCUAACCUACCCCCGUGAAGCCGAUGACAUAACCGAAGUUGGCUACUACAAAUCCUUCAUCUCUACGGGCAUCGAGGUCGAGCUCGCGGCAGCGUCAAGGUCGGGAUUCUUGCGAUAUUCGUUUCCCGAGGGCUUCGGCGAUGUCAACGUUGUGGUCGAUGUCUCCCAUGUGCUCAAGUCAUACCGCGGCCUUGGUUUCGAGCAGCACUAUCUCGGAGGACAGAUCGAAGUGCACGAGGAGGAAGAUGGCCAUGUUUCCUAUCGCGGCUCUGGAAAGUACGAUAACGGCUGGAACAAGUCUCCCGAGUGGACCGUGUACUUUUGCGGAUAUUUCGAUAAGCCGGCGACGUACAAGACCUUCCUCAGCAAGGGACCCGACAGCCAAGACCUCGAGUGGUACGAAGAGAGACAGUCAGUCGAGUUCUCCCAGAACAGGCUCGGGGCCGUCUUCACCUUCCCCGGCGCGACAAACGUCCAAUCCCGCAUCGGAGUCUCAUUCAUCUCGACAGAUAAAGCCUGCGCGAACGUCAAUCACGAGAUUACCGAAACGACCACGCUCGAGAACCUGCGCGACGAUACACGGAAGGAGUGGGAGGACCAGGUCCUCAGUAAGAUCACGACGACCGAGACGGAUCCCGAGCUUCUUGCGCGUCUAUACUCGGCCAUGUACUUUAUGAAUCUGCUUCCCCAAAACAAGACGGGCGAGAACCCACUGUGGGAGUCUCAGGAACCGUACUACGACGAUACCUUUACCUUUGGGAUACCGAACGAAGGCUUCAUGUCCGAUGCCCGCUCUUCCUUUUGGAACGGCGCUGUCCAGGGCGGAUCCAACGUCGACAACGUGCUAGCCGAUGCUUACGUGAAGGGUGUGCGCGGCAAAAUCGAUUGGGCGGAUGCCUACGAGGCCAUGAGGACGGACGCGGAGAUUACCCCACCCAUAGGUACCGAUAGCCGUGAUCGGGGUGGUUCGGCGAAGGAAGGCCGUGGAGCACUCCCGGACUGGUUGGCCAGAGGCUACAUCACCAACAAGUUUUACCGUUCCGUCACUCGCGCCGUUGAAUACUCCGGCAACGAUUUCGCCCUCUAUCAAGUUGCCCUCGGCCUGGGUCAUCGAGAAGACGCCGCCAAGUACCUAGCCAGGUCGCGGAACUGGAGGAACCACUGGAAUCCCGACAUGGAGGCUCUUGGCCACAAGGGCUUCCUCGGUCCCCGGGAUGAGACUGGCAACUUUAUCGCCCAGGAUCCGCUGAGCUGCGGUGGAUGCUACUGGGCCAAUGACUACUACCAAGGCCUCCCGUGGGAGUACACCUUCAAUGCCCAUCACGACCUGUCAACCUUGAUUGACUGGAGCGGCGGCACCGAGCAGUUCCUUAGCCGCCUCGAAGACACCUUCAAGCCCGACGUCGUGAGCGGCAACGGCAAGUUUGGCCACACCAUCUUCGACCCGGGCAACGAGCCCAGCUUCGGGACGCCGUACCUCUACAAUUUCGUCGGCCGCCAGGACCUCUCCGUCUUCCGCAGCCGCACCAUCGCCACGAAAUACUACAGCCCCACGCCGGAUGGCCUGCCCGGAAAUAGCGCCCAGCUCGUCAUCACCGCUCAGGGCGCUUCCGAGACCGCCAUCUACGUCCAGUCUCUCAAGGUCAACGGUAAAACUUGGAACAAGUCUUGGGUUUCCUGGAACGACAUCUUCCGGGACGGCGGCAAGAUGGAGUUUGUGCUAGGAGAGGAGGCUGUUGACUGGGCUACCGGUCCGCCGCCCCCGAGCCCUGCCUUUGGUAAUGAUAUCAUCGUCCCUGAUCCGCCCGAGUCGCCCGUCAGGAGGCGUGCCUCAAGUACCGGCGACUAUAUUGCCAGCUUCCUCAUCAUUGCCUCGAUAGGCUCCUCCGCUACCUUUAUCGCCAUGGCCGGCUACAGGAAGAUUGCGGAUUCCACUGUGUCCCAUACUCGAAAGGCUGCCGGCUAUAGGAGCAUACAUUGGUGGCGCGGACGCCCCAGCAUCGGCGGUCUUAGCGAGGCAUCGGGUAGUGGUCGCUCAUACCACGAUUCUGAAUCCGACCUUGAAGGCCUUCGGCCAGGGAGUGCAAGAGAUAGCAUCAAGACUCGGUAA